CGUCGUGCGUGCGCAGGCGCUCAGCGCUGAGGCCUGCCGGAAGCCAAGAUGGCGUAUAGGUGUUUGCCAGGCCGCAGUUGGCGCCUGGUCAGUAUCUGAGCUGGUAGUUUGUAAGCGGCUGUGGCGAACGCCCUCUCCGCGGUCAUGGCCAGGCAUCGGAAUGUCCGAGGCUAUAACUACGAUGAAGAUUUUGAAGAUGAUGAUCUCUAUGGCCAGUCUGUAGAGGAUGAUUAUUGUAUUUCACCAUCAACAGCUGCUCAGUUUAUUUACUCACAACGUGACAAACCUUCAGUUGUUGAACCUGUAGAAGAAUAUGAUUAUGAAGAUUUGAAAGAAUCCUCCAGUUCUCUUUUGAACCAUCAGCUAAGCGGAAUUGAUCAAGCUCGUCUUUUUUCAUGCCUUGAUCACAUGAGAGAGGUACUUGAGAUUGCUGUGCCAGAUGACAUAUUGAUUGAAGCAGUUCUGAAGAACAAGUUUGAUGUGCAAAAGGCUUUGUCAGUGGUUCUGGAGCAAGAUAAAAUGCAGAAUUUGAAGGUCAAGAGUGAGGGAGCAAUAUCUACAGGAAAGAUAGCAAAAGGAGUCUUAUUAUCUUCCUCUGAAGUUUCAGCUGAUAAUGUACAAAGCUCUUGUCCUCAAUCUGCAAACCAUUUGGAUUGCAGUAGCAAACCCUUUGGUUUUUCUGGCCCAGUAGCGAAAUAUGGAUUAUAUCAUAAUUCUUCGGUUGUACCAAGUCACUAUUUACUCCAUAAAAAAAAGAAACUUGACAGACCUAAAAGUGAAAAGAAACUAGAAUCAUGUAAGUUAACAAAAGAGCUGUCGCUAGCUGACCUAAUUGAUGAUAUGCCAAGAGAUUCUUGUAAAAGUCAGCCAUCAGUCAGAUUAUCAUCCACAGAUAGUCUGGAGAGUCUACUUUCAAAGAGUCUAGAUGCUGAUUUGUUAAGACCUCAUGCAUCUGAAUGUAUUUCCAAAGAUGAUUCUGCAUUCAAAGGAAUACCAGAUUUAAAAUCCUUAAUGAUAAAGAGCACAACACCUAAUAACUCUUUAUUUAGUCAAAAUAAUUCAGUACCUGAUUUGCAAAACAUUCCAGCACAAAACAGUUUAGGAAGUUUAAAUAAUCCUUUGCUCUUAACUAGCUCAUUGGAAAAUAUGGCUGUUGGUAAUUUAAAUGCUAGUAAAAUGACUGAAGUUGGAAGUGUUUCUUCAGUUGAACAAAGCACCAAGAAUUGCAUAUUAAAAAAUGACAACUUGCAGUUUUCCCAAUGUGAAAGUCCAUCCUUAGCUGAACUGUUUCAGGAGCACAAAGAGAACAAUCCGAGCCAGUGCUUUACUUUAUCUGAUCUUUGUAACCAACCAUCUGCCAGUUUCACAGAUCUAACUUUGGGAUCCUUUCCCUUGUCACAACUAGCAAAUCGGUAUCAGUCUUCGACUGGAAUAUCAGAAUUAACAGGAUCUCUGUCAUCUUUGGCGUUUUGUAAAGCUUCUCCAACAAGAGACCUUGAGAAUUUGUCACUUUCUGAUUUGAUUGCAGAAACAAUUGAUAUAGACAACUCUCAGAUUAAGAAAGAUUCCUGUAUGCUCAGUUUAUGUGAAAUGAGGUCACCUGGAAUAGAUUCUAAUAUCGAUCUUAGUGUCCUCAUAAAAGCCCCAGAUUUUGUUCCAAAACCUGUAGUAGACCAAUCAGUUGCUCCAAUACCAGGAACUAAAGUUCUAAGUUCAAAAUUAGGGAAAAGUUCCAAUUCUUCUGAGGAUAAUAAGAAAAACAGUAAAGGCUCUCUGACUAGGAAACCACCUUUUUCUGUCUCUUGGACCAAGGCCCUUGCUGCCAGACCUUCAGCUUUUGCUGCAACACUGUGUCUUCGUUACCCAUUGAAAAGCUGCAGGCGACGCACCCUUAACCUCUAUAAGACUUUUCUUUAUAGUAGACAAGUUCAAGACGUAAAGGACAAAGAAAUAAGUCCUCUAAUAGCAAUUACACCAUUUGACUUCAAAUCAGCAUCUCCUGAUGACACUGUGAAAGCUAAUCAAAAGAAAGCUUUUACUAGAGAAUAGUAACAAAAGGAAAACUUAAUAACUGUUGUAGAGCUUUUUCUUUUAAUUUAAAGUCUUUAUAGGAUUACUUUAUAUUAUGGGAUUUAAGUUGUGAUUUUUGUAUUAAAAUUGUCUUAAGUCAGUUGAUAACUUCAGUUGAUAUGUACUUUUGCACUGAAAUAUUUUUUUUUACUCUGUCUUCUUUUAGUGAUAAUUGGCUUUAAGUUGAUAGCCUACAAUGGGUAUAUGUUUACAAAAUGCUUAUGGAAACUUGAUAUUGUGAAAUCAAACCGCAGCUAUUUUUGUUUAAAGCAUUCAGCUUUUUAAGUUUUUACGAUGAGACAUUUUCUUUUAUAAAAUAAUUUUGUGCUUUGCUCUUAAAUGAAAAUGCCACCACUUGGGAUCAUUACAGUUUAGUGAUGAAGAUUUUUCUUAUGAUAUGUGGCACAGCAUAGCUGAGACCGUAUUAUAUUUUAAAAUAUUAGUGAAAUCAUUCCCAGUUUCAUUAUUUUUCUGCAGGUGAGUACUAAAACUUUUCUAUUAGAAAAUCUUAAAAUUUCUGACUUUUAACAAUACUGUGGAGGUUGUUGAAAUACAUUUUUCAUGAUAAAUGAAAAUCCUUUUAAGGGACCAUGUACAUAUUAAAGAUGGAUUAAUACAUAAAUUAUUUUUAUACAUUUUCAAAACCAUUUGUCCUAAAUGAACACUUUAAAAUAAAUAUAUAUAAAGUCUUUUCAAGUAUGGUUGCAUGUUCUUUGAAUAGAUAAUCUUAUCAGAUCUCUUUCACUUUUUUUACUGUAAGUAAUGAAAUGUGGAGUUUUCCUCUUUGCUACUGACAGCUUUAUGUGCUAUAAUGACAAAGUUUCAGCAAUGGCAGGCCAAAUAAGAGCUCUUCCAGUCAGUAGAACAAGUACGUAAUUCAUCCCUUAAAGCAGCCAUCCUUAACUAGCAGUCAGAAUCACUGGGGGAGUUUUUUUCAAAACACAGGUACUGUGGUUUCACUCCAGAUAUGGUGAAAUCAGUCUCUGAGGGAUGACGCUUGGGAAUGUGUAUUUUCAAAAUGGUCCCCAGUUGAUUCUGAUGGGUUACUUCUACUUGAGAACCGCUGCCUUAAAGAAAUCAGUAGAAUGAAAGAAAUUACUAAUGCUAAGGAUAACAUUGGCCAACUUGAAUUUUUAAUUUGUAUUUUCCAGUAAUUAGGAAUACCAAGGAAUAUUGCUAAUUAGGAAUUUAGGGUCUUUUGCCUAAGAAGAUGCUGUUUUUAUAUUAUUAGUUAUUUCUUGCAGGAAAAAAAAUAUAAAAUGUUAUUUUGUAA